AUGAAUAUUUUCCGCUUGGCUGCAGAUCUUUCGCAUCUUUUUGCAAUUAUUAUCCUUUUAUUCAAAAUAUGGAAAACUAAAUCAUGUUCAGGAAUUUCAGGAAAAUCUCAAAUACUUUUCUUGAUUGUUUUUGUUACACGAUAUUUAGAUUUAUUUACCAAUUUUGUUUCAUUUUACAAUACAAUGAUGAAGAUAUUUUUCUUAGGAUCAUCAAUUGGAACACUUUAUUUAAUAUGGAUUAAAUUUAAACCAACAUAUGAUGGUAACCAUGAUACAUUCCGUAUGGAAUUUUUAAUAAUACCAUCUAUUAUUUUAUCAGUUUUGGUUAAUCAUGAUUUUUCAUUUAUGGAAAUUAUGUGGACAUUUUCAAUUUAUCUUGAAGCUGUUGCUAUAAUGCCACAAUUAUUUAUGCUUCAAGUAACUGGAUCUGCUGAAACUAUUACUGCUCAUUAUUUAUUUUGUUUAGGAAUAUAUCGUGGUUUAUAUAUUGUUAAUUGGGUUUAUCGUUAUUAUACAGAAAAUUUUGUUGAUCCAAUUGCCGUAGUAGCAGGAAUUGUUCAAACUGUACUUUAUUCCGACUUUUUCUAUCUUUAUGUCACAAAGGUAGUUCAACAACAUAGAAAUAUUGAAUUAUCAGCCUAA